AAUAAAAAUAACAUUUAUAAUAAUUGUAGUAAUUAAAAAAUAUACACAAUUUUGUAUGUCAUAAAAAAAUUUUAUAUAAAUAUACAGAUAUAAACAAUAAUAUUAUUUCUCAUAUUAUUACAUAUACAAACACACUCACCACUUAUACCCCUUUACCACUCUCACUUUAAUAAACUCACACAUAUUUAUAUUUAUAUACUUUAUGUAUAUAAAUAUAUAACAAAAAUUUUAAUUUUAAGACAAAAUAAUUUAAUUGUUUAUUUAUUUUAAUUUUUUUAUUAUUUUUUUUUGAUUUACUAUAAAUAAUAAAUUUUUUUUUUUUUUAUUAAAUUCAAAUACAACAAUUAUUAAAUUUCUCUUUAAUAUAUUUUUUUUAAAUUUUAUUUUGUGUUUUUGUUUAUUUUUUUAAAAUAAAAAAUUAAUUAUUUUUUUUAUCAAUAUUAAAAUCUUAUUUAAUAAUUUUAUACUCUCACUUUUACUCAACAAAUAUUAAUUGUAUUUUAAAUAAUUACGUUUAAAAUAAUAACAAUAAUCUUUAGAAAAUGAAUUCAAAUGGUGAUUUUAAUGAUGUAAAAUAUAAAUUUAAUGUUAAGGAAUAUAUCGAGCAAGAGGCCAAAUUAUUACAACAAGAUUGGGACACUAAUCCAAGAUGGAAGGGUAUCAAGAGAGACUACACUGCAGAAGAUGUUAUCCGUCUUAGAGGUUCAUUCAAAGAAGAACACUCAAUCGCAAAGAAAGGUGCUGAAAAACUUUGGGAAUUAAUUAAUGAUCAAAGUAGUUAUGUUCCAGCUCUUGGUGCCUUAAGUGGUAACCAAGCAGUUCAAAUGGUUCGUGGUGGUUUGAAAGCUAUCUAUUUAAGUGGUUGGCAAGUAGCUGCCGAUAACAAUACAAGUGGUCAAAUGUAUCCAGAUCAAUCAUUAUAUGCUGUCAAUUCAGUACCAGAAUUAGUUCGUAGAAUUAAUAAUGCAUUAAGAAGACGUGACCAAAUCGAAUUCUCUGAAGGUAAUCUUGAACACCAAUAUCUUCCAACCCCAAUUGUUGCUGAUGCUGAAGCUGGUUUUGGUGGUCCAUUAAAUGCCUAUGAACUUAUGAAAUCAAUGAUUGAAGCUGGUGCAUCUGGUGUCCAUUGGGAAGAUCAAUUAGCUAGUGAAAAGAAAUGUGGUCAUAUGGGUGGUAAAGUUUUAGUUCCAACUUGUCAACAUAUCAAAAAUCUUACUGCUGCUCGUUUAGCUGCUGAUGUUAUGGGUGUAUCUUCAAUUAUUGUUGCUCGUACCGAUUCAUUAGGUGCCUCAUUAUUAACAAGUGAUGUUGAUCCACGUGAUAAGAAAUUUGUUACCGGUAAACGUACCGUUGAAGGUUUUUACAACGUUAACAAUGGUAUUGACCAAGCCAUUGAAAGAGCUUUAAGCUAUGCACCAUAUGCUGACUUACUUUGGAUGGAAACUUCAACCCCAUCGGUUGAAUUAGCACAACAAUUUGCUGAUGCUGUUCAUGCUAAAUUCCCAGGAAAACUUUUAGCUUACAAUUGCUCACCAUCAUUCCAUUGGAAACAACACCUCAAACCAGAUGAAAUUGCCUCAUUCCAACAAAAACUUUCAGAUAUGGGUUAUAAAUUCCAAUUCAUCACCUUGGCCGGUUUCCAUGCCCUCAAUCUCUCCAUGUUUGAACUCGCUAGAGACUACAAGAAGACUGCCAUGACUGCUUACGUCAAUUUACAAGAUAGAGAAUUCUCUCUCGAAGGUGAAGGUUACACUGCAACAAGACAUCAACGUGAAGUAGGUACAGGUUACUUUGAUAAAGUCUCUCAAAUCAUCUCUGGUGGUCAAUCAAGCACUCUUGCUUUGGUAGGUUCGACCGAAGAAGAACAAUUUGAUGAACACAUUGAAAAGAAAAAGAAAUUAACCAACAAUGACAAUGGUUCAAAAGCCAAAGCCAAGAAUGCCCAAGUUUAAAAUCAAUUAAUUUUAAUUUUUAUAAAAAAAAAAAUCCAUAAUUCCACUAAAUAUUUAUAAAUAAUAUUUAUUUUUAAAAUAUACAUACAAUAAAAUUAUAAAAUAAACUUUUAAAAUAAAUAAAAUUAAUAUUAACUAUUGGUUUUAUUAAUGUUAUUAUUACUUUAAAGUUUGUCUAAUUUU